UGGCCGCUCUUCAUGCCUGAUCUUGGACGAUCAGGUUGACAGACUGUCUGUUCGUAAACUAGCCUGUCACAACAGUAGAGGCAUCACAGUCGAACUGGAACUUACCAUCAUAAAACGCCCCCCUCAAUUGCCAACAAGGAUUAUGGAUCGACGGAUGCAGGCAACAAGCCUUUUACCUUCCUCAUAAUUAAAGAAACUAAAGGUCUGUUCAUAAGUUGAUAGUUCUGACAAUCACGUAAAUGGCAGCUGCAGAUGAUUUGCAGUUCCGAGAGUUUGAUGAUGCUACAAACCUAUUGGCAGCAAAUCCUGAUGCCACAACAAUAAGCAUCACGGAUCCUAAUGAUAAGCCUAAAAAUCAGAGAGGUCCAUCAGAUGAACUGGGAAAAGAUGAAGAUGAAGAUUUGUUGGAGAAUGAAGACUCUGACAAGGCAGAGUUGCUUGCAGGACAAAAGAAAAGUGCUCCUUUUUGGACUUUUGAGUAUUAUCAAACAUUUUUUGAUGUUGACACCUUCCAGGUAUUGGAUAGAAUAAAAGGUUCCCUUUUACCACUUCCUGGAAAAAACUUUGUGAGGUUAUAUAUCCGCAGUAAUCCGGAUCUGUAUGGUCCCUUCUGGAUCUGUGCCACUCUGGUGUUUGCAAUUGCAAUAAGUGGGAACUUUGCCAAUUUCUUGACUCAUCAUGGCCAGCGUGGUUAUCGUUACGUACCUGAGUUCCAUAAAGUUUCUAUAGCAGCUACAGCAAUCUACACUUACGCCUGGCUUAUUCCUCUUGGACUCUGGGGCUUUCUGAUGUGGAGAAACAAUAAAGUAGUGAACAUUGUCUCGUACUCAUUCUUGGAGAUAGUGUGUGUAUACGGAUACUCACUAUUUAUUUACAUCCCUACCGCAAUGCUGUGGAUUAUUCCAAGUGAGAUAGUACGUUGGCUGACAAUAGUAUUAGCCAUGUGCCUUUCAGGCACCGUGCUAGUGAUGACCUUCUGGCCAGCUGUCCGGGAUGAUAACCGGAGAAUUGCCAUAACAACUAUUGUAGUUAUUCUGAUCCUUCAUGCCCUGCUUGCCGUUGGCUGUAAGGCCUAUUUCUUUGAUCCACCAGAAAAAGUCAAGCAUUCUCUUGUCACGACAACAAUUACUCCAACUCGUAACGGAACUUUGGUGACAAAGCCCCAAGUUACGAAGGCUUCAUAACUUGUCAGAUUUGUUCUCUGAUAUCUUGGUGUGCAGAAAGACUCUUCAAACUAAACAGUCGGUGUAACACGGAUUAUUUAAUUAGUCUACAAAGAUAUAUGCUGAUUUAUUUGACUAUGGUAGACAUCUAAACCAAUUAAAUCAGGUUUUGGGAUUUUUUUUCUUUGUGGCUAAUGUUUUUCCUGUUCUAUUUUUCCACUGUCUAAUGAAAGGUACACAUUACAAAUUGUAAAUACUGUUUCUCAUAGGUUGCUAAUUGAGCUUGGGGAAAGAUAUUGUUUGUAAUCUUUAAUGUAUAGAUAAUUAAAUUACAAUUUUUUGAACAGCUAUACUUUAUUUAAAAUAUGCCAAUUGUAAAAUGUACAUAAGUUAGUUUUAUUUCAUAGUUUUAUGUAGAACUUGACAAAAAGGUGAAAUCCAUUGAAUGUAUAAACACAUGUCAUAUGGAAUUGUUACAGCCAUUAUAAUGAGAAUCACUGUAUGCAAAUGAAGAAUUGCCAAUUUUUGGGUGAAAGAUUUGCUGUGUCUUUAGUGUAUCUUUCUUACUUCCAGGAAUGGAAACAAAAAGUAGUCAUCGAACCAUGAAAUAUAGGAACAAAGCCUUUUGACCCAUCAAGUUUGCUCUGAUUGUGGCUGAUUUAUUAUCUUUCUCAACCACAUUCUCCUGCCUUCUCCCAGUAAUCUCUGAUGCUCUUACAAAUCUUAUCAAUCUCUGCUUUAAAUAUACCAAUGACUUGACCCCCUCUACAUCUGUUUGCGACAAUAAAUUCCACAAAUGGCUAAAGAAAUUCCUCCUCAUCUCUGUUCUAAAUGGAUGUCCUUGUAUUUGGAGGCUCCCUAACAUCUUGCUUUUAUAUUCUAGUCCUCUUGAAUUAAUGCUAAUAUUGCAUUUGCUUAACUUACUACUAAAUCUACUUGCAAAGUUUACCUUUAGGGAAUAUUGCAUAAAGGCCCCCCAAGUAUCUUUGCACUUCUGAUUUCUGAAUUUACCCUCCAUUUAGAAAACAAUUCUAUGCCUUUAUUCCUCUACCAACGUGCAUAGCCAUAUACUUUCCUACACUGUAUUUCAUCUGCCACUUCUUUGCUCAUUUUCCUAAUUUGUCUUAGGUCCUCCUACAGACUCCCUGCUUCCUCAACAUUACCUGUCCCUUCACUUAUCCUUAGAUCAUCCACAAACAUGUCCAUAAAGCCAUUAAUUUGGUCAUCCAAAUCACUGACAUUGACAUGAAAGUAAAUGGCCCCAACAUCAACCCCUGCAGAACAUCACUAGUCAUGGGCAAUCAACCAGAAAGGGCCUUCCUUUAUUCUCAAUCUUUGCUUCCUGCCAGUCAGCCAGUCUCUUAUCUAUGCUAAUAUCUUUCAUGUAAUAUCAUGGGCUCUUGUUUAACAGCCUCAUGAGUGGCACCUUGUCAAAGGCCUUGUGAAAAUCCAAGUAAACAACAUCCACUGACUCUCCUCCGCUUAUCCUCCCUGUUAUUUCCUCAAAGGGUUCCAACAGAUUUUUCAGGCAACAUUUCCUCUUAAGGAAACCAUGCUUGCUUCAGCCUAUUUUAUCAUGUCCCUCCAAGUACCCUGGAAGCUCAUCCUUAAUCACGUACUCUAGCAUCUUACCAUCCACUGAAGUCAGAAUAUAAUUUUCUUUUUUCUGCCCCCUUCUUAAAGAGUGAGCAACAUUUCCAAUUUUCUAGUCCUCUGGAACAAUUGCAGAUUUAGUUAUUCUUGAAGGAUCAUUACUAAUGCCUCCAGCUACCUGUUUCAGAACCCUGAGGUGUAGUCCAUCUAGUCCACGUGACUUAUCUACCUUCAUACCAUUCAGAUCCUAAACACCUUCUCCUUAAUAAUGGCAGCUGCACUCACUUCUCCCCCCCCCCCCACCA